AUGGCUUUGCCCGCUUCUUCUGAGCCCCACACGUCUGACGAGGAGCUCCUUGCGAGCUUUCUCGACUGGGGCCCCGACAGUGACUUCGGUUCCCGUGCUCGUUCUCGCGCUCGUUCGUCGACGCCGCCUGCUCCUACUGAAGACCCUGCUGUCCCAGCUGCCAUGGUCGAUGCUCCUGCCGUUGCUCUUCUGGCUCAAGCCUUGUUCCUCCCCGUUCGGUUACGCAUCCUGUUGGUUCCUCCGAGACAGCUUAGGCUACGCCUCACGAUGCCUCUGCGUCAUCGCCGCCCAGCGUGCUCCAGGAACUCAUCUACGAGAUCACGGUCGAAGGGUUAUGUGGAGAUGGCGUUGGUAGUGAUGUCCGACGAAGAUGAGGAGGACACCCAACGGCCGAACCGCACUCGGCUUCGUCGUGGUGAUGAGACGUCGGACUGGCACCCCUUUCCGCUUCCCAAAGCUCCGGAGAGGCAUCCAACCACGAACCAUCGCAACCACUACAAUCCGGAUGCUCCUUGGGACUAUGCGAAAUCAGCUGGGAUCACACGCUUGCUUGAUGUCGAAGGAGAAUCUCCGCACCGCUGCUAUCUUGUUCAGUGGAAAGGUCGUCCACUGCAGAUGAGCUGGGUCUGGAUGGAGUUGCUGGACAAGGAAUCGACGCGGUACAUGAUGCAAAAUGUCGACGAGUGGAAGGCAUCUGGUUCUAAGGAAACCUUCAUGGGGUGGUACGUCGUUCGUGAUAUUGCUUCCGAAGCUGGUACGUGUUUCAUGGAUGCGUUCCGCUGCGCGCUGUACCAUCUUGGUCGGCCCAAUCUGGUUACCAUGGAGAUGUGGGAUGAGUAUGAGAAACUCGUCCCGACGUGA